UCUCACUGCAUACUUGUCCAACCUCUGGAGUUCUUCGGCACUUCAACUUUUCUCUACCGACUUCCUUGCAGCAACCUUACACUUCAUUAUGGGAAGAGUAGCAAUCGUCACAGGUUCCAGUCGCGGCAUUGGCAGGGCAAUUGCCAUUCGAAUCGCACAAGACGGAUACGAUGUCUGCAUCAACGACAUUCCUGCCAACAGCGCCGGCUGUGACCAAGUUGUCAAAGAGAUAGAAGCUCUAGGACGGAAGGCCAUUGCAGUGACUGCCGAUGUAACGAAACUAAGUGAGGUCGAGCAAAUGUGUGCGACCACAGCAGAAAAGCUAGGCCCAUUGAACACUAUGAUUGCAAACGCCGGAAUUGCCCAGGUGAAACCAUUGCUUGAGCUUACAGAGCAGGACUUUGAAACAAUCUUUCGAGUGAACGUUUUUGGAGUACAGAACUGCUAUCAGGCUGCCGCAAAGCAGAUGAUCAAGCAAGGAAAUUUGACAGCGGACAGCCCGGGAAGACUCAUUGGAGCUGCUUCCAUCGUUGCAUUCAAGCCUUUUGCACUGCUGUCUCACUACAGCGCAACCAAAUGGGCCGUUCGAGGUCUCACUCAAGCAUAUGCCAUGGAGAUGGCUGAACACCAUAUCACUGUGAACGCCUACGCUCCUGGUAUUGUAGGCACUGCUAUGUGGGACCUCAUAGACGAGAAGCUGGGCGAGAAAACUGGCGCCAAGAAGGGUGAUACCAUCAAGAAGUACUCAGAGUCGAUUGCGCUUAAGAGAACUAGUGUACCCGAGGACGUCGCCAAACUCGUGAGCUUUUUGGCGAGCAGUGAUGCGGAUUAUGUGACAGGGCAGACUCAGCUGGUGGAUGGAGGAAUCAUCUUCACGUAACUCAGCACCAUACAUUAGCCUCUUCUGCAUGAGUAAAAGCUGCGAGGACUCGUCGGUGCCCAUCAACUUAUUUCGAUCAGCAAUGAGAGCUUUUCGAUAACAACAGUGACAAGUGCAUGGCGGCGCUCCCAUUAUCAGAAGUGCUUAGAAGCCCAUGUUAGAGGAUUAUGUUCUCGCAGUUUGAUGGAUUGGCAUUGGCAUGAACCACUUUGAGCUUCCCAACCACGCUUAAUAAUAACGUUAGGCUUUCUGCUACG